UGUGCAUCGCACUGAAGGCGAGAGAGUGUGUUUCUCUCACCGGUGUCUGCUUUCAGUGACACUUCCUCACGAAGGGGGUAGUCGUUUAAGCUAUAGUCUAUGCUUGAAGCACAGCUGGUACCACAGGGUGUGUAAUGUCACAUAGGAGUUUCGAUUAUUUUUGUAUCUUUUUCCAGACACAGAAAAAACAACCACAUCGGCUCAUUGUCCCGUGCCUCGCCUAACUUUGGACGGUCGGUAUCGGGCUCUCUUUAUCCUGGUCAGUGUCGCUUGCACUUGUAGGCUGACUUUUUGCGUUGGAUAUGGGUGAAAUCUGCUCAAGGCGCGGGCAAUGACACAUAUAAAAGGAUGAUGGACAAGGAAGCUUUAAAGGGACUCUUCUCUCUGUCAAUUGCAUGGUGUUUUCUGAUCUCAGUUUCUGGAGAGGUCAUCUCUCAAGACACCUACCUAAAUACUCUGCAGAGUGCAGCUCCUCUGUCCUGUUCAGAGGGCUUCACUGAGCUGGGUUACUAUAAUGGCUCCGUGUCUCAGACUGACUCUGGUUCGCCCUGCUUAAAGUGGACAGAGUUCCCAGACUACGUCCUGCAGUACCCGAGCCGGGGGCUGGGCGACCACAGCUACUGCCGCAACCCCGACCGUGAAUCCAACCCCUGGUGCUUCUUCCGCCAGAGCUCUGGAGCCAUCGGCUGGGCCUACUGCGACUGCCAUCAGGGAGCUGCCAGGUUGGUAGGUGGGUCCUCCCCUCAGAGCGGGCGUCUGGAGGUAUACCUAAAUGGCCAGUGGGGGGCGGUAUGUGAUACACACUGGACCGACCGCGAUGCCAGUGUGAUCUGCAAACAGCUUGGACUGGGUGAGAUCGGCACAGCCCUCCAGCACUCCUAUUUCGGGCCCGGCUCUGGACUCUUCCACUAUGAACGCCUUGGCUGCCGUGGCAACGAAAACUCUCUGCUGGACUGCAGGAGUCGGAAGUUUGUCACUAGCGACUGUAACCAUGGCAACGAAGCGGGGGUGGUGUGUGCUGCACCUGAAGGCAAUGGCGCCCCCUUGAGGUUGGUAGGUGGCCUGGAGGACUUUGAGGGUCGUGUGGAGGUGUACCAUGAUGGGAGGUGGGGCACCAUCUGUGAUGACCAGUGGGAUGACAUCGAUGCUGAAGUUGUCUGUCGGCAGUUGGGCCUUGGGGGGGUACCGAAAGCGUGGACGUGGGCCCACUUUGGUCAGGGCUCUGGACCCAUCUUCCUUGACAGGUUGCAGUGUACAGGCAACGAGCUUUCCCUGGAGGAGUGUCCCCACAACAACUGGCAACAACACAACUGUGACCACAUGGAGGAUGCUGGUGUGUCCUGUAACCCAUAUACAGAUGGUGUGGUGCGGCUGGUGGGGUCUGACAGUCCCUGGGAAGGUCGUCUGGAGGUGUACCACUCUGGGGACUGGGGUACGGUGUGUGAUGACAACUGGACUGAGCACCACGCAGAAGUGGUCUGUAGACAGCUGGGCUUCAGCAGAGGGCGUGCAGAGGUGGCGUCAGACGGGCUGUACGGGGAGGGUACAGGGCUAAUCCUGCUGGAUGAGGUGCAGUGCAAGGGCUCAGAGGGCACCCUGCUGGCCUGCGGGCACGCCGAGUGGGGACGCCACGACUGCUCCCACAGCGAGGACGUAGGGGUGCGCUGUGAGAGGGGAGGUGAAACCAACGAGAUGCCAGGGCUGCCACACAUCACAGGCCCUCUGGUGCGACUGGUUGCUGGAGAGAGCCGGAAGGAGGGGCGUGUGGAGGUGUUUUUGAAUGGCCAAUGGGGGAGCGUGUGCGAUGACGGCUGGAAUGACAUCAACGCUGCAGUGGUCUGCAGGCAGCUGGGAUUUGUUGGGGUGUCCAAGGCUCGCUCCAUGGCCUAUUUUGGAGAGGGCCAGGGCCUCAUCCACCUGGACAAUGUUAGGUGCACAGGGGCUGAGACGUCCCUGGGGGAGUGUCCGGCCGAGGGAGAAGAUGCCCAUGACUGCCGGCAUAGUGAGGAUGCAGGGGUCAUCUGUGACUACGUCCCCGAACCGGUGGGGGACGGCGCCAUAAUAACGCAGACCUGUGGCAUGAGGCCAAACACACAGCGACGCAGGAGAAGGAUUAUUGGUGGGGACAAGUCAAUCAGGGGGGACUGGCCUUGGCAGGUGUCUCUGUGGCUUAAGUCCCAGUCCAAAGGGAACCAUCCACUGUGUGGAGCCACGCUCAUCAACUCCUGCUGGGUCCUGACUGCUGCACACUGCUUCAAGAGGUUUGGCAGGGACCCAUCUCGCUAUGUGCUGCGACUGGGUGACUACCACACGGAGGAGAGGGAUGACUUUGAGCGCAGCCUGUCCCCAGAGCUCAUCGUCAUCCACAGGAAGUACCACAGCCAGGGCUCGGAGUAUGAUAUCGCCCUACUCAGGCUGAAGGGCACCGAGGGCAACUGUGUGGCCUUCAACCCUCAUACCAACUCAGCCUGCCUCCCUGCACCUGGCAACAAGUGGGGCAAGAGGCCGGCCGCCUGUGUCAUCACAGGGUGGGGCAUCACAGACUCAGAGUACUCCCGUACUCUGCUGCAGGCCUGGGUUCCCCUGCUGCCCACCUGGAAGUGUAAGAAGCGAUACGGCGAGCGCUACACCAGCCGCAUGCUGUGUGCGGGCAGCCUGUCGGACCGUCGGCGUGUGGACAGUUGCCAGGGUGACAGUGGUGGUCCCCUAGUAUGUCAGGGGGAGGGUGGGCGCUGGGUGCUGACGGGGAUCAUCUCCUGGGGCCAUGGCUGUGGUGACCCCUCUUUCCCCGGGGUGUACACGCGGGUCAGCAGGUUCCUGCGCUGGAUUGACCAGGUCACCAACAACCCACCGAAAAUCUGAUGCUGCCACCGUGCCAUUGGACAGCCAGUGUUAUCACAUGAAUUUGGGGUUGAGGGGGAGGUGGGGGAGGUGGGGGGAUUAAAGGAGCAGUGACCAGUUAGAGAUGGUUACCACACCCUGGUAUCUGCUCCUGGUCGCACCCACAUCCAGCAGAGUGCUUUUAAGUCCCUUUUUUUUGCCUACACUUGGAGAAGCCUGUAAAUGGCAUUGUGCAUUCUUGAUUAUGUGGAAUUACCACUUUGACUAGAGCAUUUAAUGCACCAGAAAGCCAGACUGCAUAGGUGAAUGACAUUGCACUACAAUGCAUGCCAUACUAUCACCCUGCAACACCUGUGAAUGGCCAAUUAAUGGUGCCAUUGGGAGUAAGUCUAGUCAGGAGCGUUAAGUGGAAUAUCUUUAAGGUACAAGAUUGUAUAUGUACAGUACAUACAGACACGUGGCUUUUAAAUGAAUAUGGUUUCAUGAACAUUCCAGUUGUUCAUGCAUUUUAACUUAUGCCUACACUAAUGUGCUCCACUCUUGAUUGAAACAAUUGGUCAAAUUAGUCAGUAUACAGAUCGCUGGUUUAGACCAUUGUAACGCCCUGACCAUAGAGAGCCCUUGGUUCUCUAUGGUGUUGUCGGUCAGGGCAUGACUAGGGGGUGUUCUAGUCUCUUAAUUUCUAUGUUGGUGCUCUUGGUAUGGUUUCCAAUUAGAGGCAGCUGAUCGUUGUCUCUAAUUGGGGAUCAUACUUAAGUUCUCCAUUGUUCCCACCUGGGUUGUGGGAUAUUGUUUGUGUUAGUGUUUUGUGCACUACGGCUUUCACGUUUGUAGUAGUUUGUUUAUUGUUUUGUUUAAGUUUCACAGAAAUAAAAGAUGUGGAACUCAAA